GUACAAAUUGAGGUUAUAUGGGAGUGGGUAAUGUAAACGUAGUGGUUACAUACUCUUUGGGUAAUGUUUCGAGGUCCACAAAAACAAACCUAUCUCAAAAAAAUAUAAAAUAGAACUAAAUUACAAAAAUGGCUCUAAUAAGAGCAGGCUUGCAGGGACUAGCUAAAGUAUUCCAUGGUGGACAAGCUGGUAUAUUAUCAAGAUUUGUGACAAACCUUUCUCCAGUGGAGUAUAAAACAGUCCCAGAAACGACAAAGGAUGUGAUAGCAGAAUGCAAUAACCUAAUUGAAAAAAAUGCCUCGAGAAACUUUGCUAUUGUCCAUUUGUUGGGUAAACAGUGGCGUGUUACCGACGGAGACCUUCUCGUCGUCGAAGGAUUUUGGCCACCUAGUAUUGGUGACAAAAUCAGAUUGGAUAAAGUCUUGUUAGCUGGAACAAAGGACUUCUCUCUCAUUGGAAGGCCUUUAGUACAACCUGGACUAGUUGAUGUGACAGCCACAGUAAUUUCCAAGGGCCUCUCCCACACAAGAACUCAUUUUAAAAAGAAGAGGAGGAAGCAAUUUAUGAGGAUAAAUUUUGUUAGGUCACCUCAAACUAUCUUGAGAAUAAACUCAGUGGAAAUAGCCAAUAAGAUCAAUGAAGCACCCAAAAACGUUUUCUAGUUGUAUAUUUUAUGUAGGUAAUAAACAAUAGAG